AUGAUUUCCAAAAUCCCUUCAAAAACCCCCGGAAAGAAGAGGAAGGGAUCGAUCGAAUUUGUAGAGUCAGAUGACGAGCUAUCAGGUGCCCCAUUGGAGGGUGUCCUGUCAGACACUGAUGAUGGCUCGAGCCUGGCGGCGGAAGACGUCUCUGAAGGCUUCGAUAGCGAAGAGAUCGACAACGAUGAACAUAGUUCCGACGCGGAGAGCGUUUCGAGCACCUCAAGCUUUCACAGACAUGCCGAUUAUAAAGUUACAACCGAUGCAAACGGCAACGAGCGCUACGAAUAUGCCGACAUAGAUCCUGUGUAUGACAGCGACGACUCGGACGCCCAAGAGCAGCCUAACACCAUUGGAGAUAUUCCGUUGUCGUUCUACGACUCCUACCCGCACAUUGGAUACGACAUCAAUGGCAAGAAGAUUAUGCGCCCGGCGACUGGCGAUGCUCUUGAUGCCCUGUUGGACACAAUCGAAAUCCCCAAGGGCUGGACCGGGCUGACUGAUCCUCAAACCGGAAAGCCAUUGAACUUGAGCCAGUCUGAGCUAGAGCUUCUGCGCCGACUGCAAAUGGCGGAAGACAUGGUUCCCUACUUCACUGGUGUCGAGGAGAAGAUGCCGCUUAGCUCAGCACCUGAGCCUAAGCGACGAUUCUUGCCAUCCAAGCACGAGGCUAAGCGUAUAGCCAAACUUGUUCGUGCCAUCAAGGACGGAAAGAUUCUGCCAUACAAACCCCCUCAAGAGCGCGACCGUGAACAAAACCAAGAAGAAGAAACCCACUAUGACAUUUGGGCCAACGAAGAGGCUCAAGAACCCCAUGUCAUGCACAUCGCUGCUCCCAAGCUUGCACCACCGGGAUACGACUUGAGUUACAACCCCCCACCCGAGUACUUGCCAACGGGCGAGGAAAAGAAAGCCUGGCAGCAGACAGACCCCGAGGAGCGAGAGAAAGAGUACUUGCCAGCACAGUACGACGCUCUACGCAAGGUCCCUGGGUAUGGUGAGUUUGUCAAGGAGAGAUUUGAACGCUGUCUGGAUCUGUAUCUGGCGCCACGCAUCCGCAAAAACCGUCUCAACAUUGAUCCCAACUCCCUGUUGCCUAAGCUCCCACGCCCCGAAGAGUUGAAGCCUUUCCCUACCCUCUGCCAAACGAUUUUUAAGGGUCAUGAGGGCCGUGUACGGACUGCUGCAUUUAGUCCGGACGGCGAGUGGAUCGCCUCAGGAGGCGACGACGGAACUGUGCGGGUCUGGUCCCUCAACGGCCACCAAGAAUGGUCUGCUCGGCUGAGCUCUGAGGAAACGGUCAACAUCGUGAGAUGGCGGCCUAACAAGGACGCUUUCAUCUUGGCUGCUGCCGCUGGCGAGGAUCUUUUCCUUGCUGUACCGCCACUUGUCAACGAUGCUACCGAAAAGGCUAGUCGAGAUGUCUUGGACGCGGGCUUCGGUCAUGCUGCUCACAAUGCUACGACCGAUGGGAACAACGCUGUAAAGAAAGACACUCCGGCUAAAUGGACGCGACCCGGUACCAAGCUCGAAGAAAAGGGUGUAUUGCUGAAGCUCACUGUCAGAUCAGCCAUCAAGAUGCUGAGCUGGCAUAGAAGAGGCGACUUCAUCUGCUCAGUCUCGCCACGUGGACAACGGAGCUCGGUCGCUAUUCACACCAUCUCUAAACACCUCAGCCAAAUACCGUUCAGACGCCUGCCAGGCCUCGCCCAAGCUGCACACUUUCACCCCUCGCGACCUUAUUUCUUUGUGGCUACCCAACGUGUGAUACGUUGCUAUGACCUCCAGCGACAAGAACUCGUCAAGGCCAUACAGCCAGGUGCACGAUGGAUUUCUGGAUUCGACGUUCAUCCUGGCGGCGACAACCUCAUUGUUGGCUCUUACGAUCGCCGCCUCCUAUGGCACGACCUCGAUUUGUCAAGCAGGCCUUUCAAGACGAUGCGGUUUCAUAGCCAAGCUAUUCGGGCUGUCAAGUACCACAAGAGCCUGCCUCUGUUUGCAGAUGCGAGUGACGACGGCAGCCUGCAAAUUUUCCACGGCCGAAUCGUGAGCGACUUGAUGGAGAGCGCAACAAUCGUACCAGUCAAGAUGCUCAAGGGUCACAAGAUUACCAGUAACUUGGGAGUGAUGGACGUUGACUGGCACCCGCGGCAUCCAUGGUGCCUCAGUGCCGGCGCUGAUGGGACGCUGAGGCUUUGGGCGUGA